CAAUCUGUCAGCUUUUAUUUCGAAAGCGACCAACUUCCGUUUAGGCGGAAGUGUUUUGAAACGAUGAACUAGUCAAGAAUUCAGUGUAAUAGUACCUGUUCUAAGCGUUUUUACGCAUUUUGUUUAAAACUAAGGACAGUUUGCGAUUAAAAACAAACUAAACUGUCUUUAUACAAGAUUAGUUUAUACAAGAUUAUCACAAACCUUGUGAGGUUUUGUUUCUCGGUUCAGGAUUAGCUGUUUAAAAGGCUGGACUUCAUGGACUGGAUUGGCUUCGGCUAUGCUCUGUUUGUGUCAGCAGGAGGAGUCAUAGGUUAUGCUAAAGCAGGCAGCGUCACCUCUCUGGUCGCCGGUAUCGUCUUCGGCAUGGCGGCUGCAGUUGGAGUUUAUCUGACGUCUCAGAAUCCCAGGAAUGUUUGGCUUUCAUUGGGCACAGCGGGAACCUUGGCUGUAGUGAUGGGACUGAGAUUUGUAAACUCCUGGAAGUUCAUGCCGGCUGGUUUGAUGACUUUAGCGAGCGUGCUGAUGCUGACGAAGAUCAUCUUUGGAAUGCUGAAGUCGAGGCAACACAAAUCUUGAACUUAGAUUUAAAUUUUGAAUAUGGAUUACGAAACAUUUCCAGCUGAAUAGUUUUGUUUUACAGUCUGCUGUAAAAUGUGAGUUGGAAUGUGAUAUUUGUUUUGUUUAAAAGUGGAAUAUUCUUUGAUUUUUGGUGUAUAGCAAAAAGAAAUACACUCAAAAUGCAUAAAAGCAAACA